GGGUGGGAUCGGUUUGAACAGUUGGCCGCUCGGCCGGGCCGGCUCUGCGCGGGGUGCUCCUUCUCCGCUGGGAGGGGGCCGGGACCCGCCGGCCCGGCUCGGCCCCCCGCUUUCUCCCGGAGCCAGGCGAGGUGAUUUGGUGUUCUUUCAAAAUGAAUGGUGACGUAGAAAUAUGGGAAAAAUUAGAUGCAGAAUUUGAUGGCUAUGUUGCAGAUAUGAAGCCUUAUGUUCUGAAACUACAGCAUAGGUCAGAAAUACACAGAUGUGCACUGUGGAUUGAGAAACUACGUGAGCCCUCAGCAGCAGGCACAGGAAUAGCUGGAAGGAAGAAUAGGAAUUUCUAUGCAAGACUUUUACUUCACAUGUUAAAGCGAGGUGUACUGGAAGAUCCUUUUACACAUAAACCAGAACCAGGAAUGCUGAAGACUUUACCUUCAUACAUGUCAAUUUAUUUUGAUGAACCAAAUUCAACAAGACUUCGGAGUAGUAGCCCAGACUGCUCACCUGACUGGGUAGUGAGAGAACUAGGCAACAGUGAAACUAAGCAUGAGGAAUCAUGGAAGAUGUUUUCUAAAGAGGAAUCACUUCUAGCAACACCACUUACAUAUGGAGAAAGAUUGAAGCACAAUGAGAAGACAGCAUUAAGAUCCCAUUCCAUGAGUCCUCCUCACCAGCAAGAUGAAGAUAUCCUCACCACAUCACUGUCUGACCAUCAUCAUAAAAAGGCCAUUUCUUUGGAUGACAGUGACCUUGAAGCACGUCUCAAUAGUUGGAAUCUUGGGUUAGAAAAUCCAAGAUACUUGCGGGAAAAACCGAUGCCAGUGUCUUUGAUGACAUCCAAAAUUGGCCUAGGAAAAAACAGCACUUUUCGUGAUGAACAAGCACUAGUUCGAAUGCGUGAAAAAGAGCUGGACAUGAAAAUGAAAAUAGCAGAAGGUAAAUUUCAUGAAGAAAAACUUAAAUUACAGCAGAAGCAUGAUACUGAUGUUCAAAAGAUUUUGGAUAGAAAGAACGAUGAAAUAGAGGUAAUGAAGUCCCUCUACAAAAACAAACAAAGUGAAGCUGAGGAGACGAUUAGAAAACUGGAGAAAAAAGUUCAUGCCCUUGUUCGUGAGUUACGAGUUGUCAAAGAAGCAAAAGAGAAGCAGAUUGUGGAGUUAAAGAAGAUGUGUGAGCAAAGCAGUGAUUCUUUGAAGAAUGAGUGGGAGAAAAGGCUUCACAAUGCUGUGGCUGAAAUGGAAAAAGACAAGUUUAAUAUUCACAAGAAGCACACAGAAGAUAUGCAGGAACUGCUCGAGGACACCAACACUCGUCUUGGUAAAAUCAAUGAAGAUUAUUUGCAACAGAUAGAGUCAACUAACCAGACGGUCAAAAAACUGGAGGCUCGUGUCCAGCAGUUGACUGUUGAAGCUGAAAACAGCAAUUUACAGCGUCAAAAACUGUCUCAGGAAAAGGCUGAUGCAGAAAAACGUUACCAAGCAGUAUGCUCUGAACUUCAGGAAGUGAAAGCAAGGCACAGCUCACUUCAGAAAGACAAGGACCAUAUUAUACAGGAAUAUGAGGAGAACAUUCAGCAACUACAAAGUAAAUAUGAUGCUGAUAUAAAUGUUAUAAACCAGGAACAUGCUCUCUCUGCAGCUAAGGCAUCUGAUAUGAUUGAAGAAUUACAACGUAGUGUAUCUCUAUUAAAACAACAGUUACAAGAUUCAGAACAUCAAAGACUGCAACAGCUGAGGGAUCAAGAAUUCAAGUUGCAACAGGACAAACUUCACUUGGAGUGUGUAUAUGAAAAGCAGAUCCAUGGUAUCCGUAAUGAUCUUGAUAAAGAAAGAGGGGAUGCUCAAAAGAAACUUCGCAAACUGGAAGAGACUUUGAAGGAGAAGGAGGAGCAGCUGAGUCGGGUGACAGAGGUACAGAGGCUGCAGGCCCAGCAGGCAGAUGCUGCCCUGGAGGAGUUUAAGCGGCAGGUGGAGCUGAACUCGGAAAAAGUCUAUGCUGAAAUGAAACAGCAGAUGGAAAAGGUUGAAGCAGAUCUAAGCAGAUCAAAAUCGCUCCGAGAAAAACAAUCCAAAGAAUUCUCCUGGCAAUUGGAGGAGCUCAAACAAAGAUACGAGCAACAGAUAGUGGAGCUGAAGCUGGAGCAUGAACAGGAGAAGACGCACCUAUUCCAGCAGCACAACGCAGAGAAGGACUGUCUGGUCCGAGACCAUGGACGGGAAAUGGAGAAACGGGAGAAACAGCUUCGCGCUGCCAUGGCAGAGCACGAGAGUCAAACUCAAGAAUGCAGGAAACGAGAUGGCCAGGUUAUCUGUGAGAUGGAGAACCAAAUCCACAGGCUGAGAGAAGAGCUUCUUCAGGUGAAUGCUCGGUGGAAGCAGCAGCUGCUGGAGAUGAGCUGUCAGUGGGAAGAGGAGAAGCAGAGGGCGGCUCGAGACCAUGAGACAACAGUGAAUAAGCUGAAAGUGGAGGCAGAAAAAGUGGUGUUAGACCUGAAAAAGAUUCAUGUGACAGAAACAGAGAAGGCAUUGGACAAGGCAAACAGCCGGCUGAAGCAGACUGAGAAGGAGUGCAGUCAGAAGCUGGCUAAAUCCUCACAGAUCAUAGCUGAACUUAAGACAACCAUUUCCUCUCUGACAGAGGAGAACAGCCGGCAGCAGCUUGCCGCAGAGCAGCAGCUCCAGGAAGUGGUACAGAAAUUUGAAGAUAAGAAGCAGCAGCUGAUUACAGAUAAUGACAGAGCAAUCAAGGCCUUACAAGAUGAAGUGGAAAGUUAUCGCAUUCAGGCACGAGCUGCAGAGAAGAAGCUGCAACGCAGGGAGCUGGAGACUCAUGAGCAGAUGACCCAAAUACGACAAGAAUACGAGACCACGCUCAAAGGUCUGAUGCCAGCAUCUCUGAGACAGGAACUUGAAGACACCAUUAUAUCUUUAAAAUCUCAGGUGAAUAUUCUGCAGAAGACAGUCUGUGUCCUCCAGGAAGAGCUGAACGCCAGCCACGCCAGAAGGUAGCUGCUGGAGCUGUGGGAUUUCUUCGAUUGCCAAAUGGACUGCUUUGAAUAGGUUUGAAGAUUUGGCUCUUGUCAAUUGAAAUGCAGAGAUCAGUGGCUGUUUUAUUAGCACAUAAAUUGUGUGAAGUUCAGGAAAACACAUCCAUUGCUCGUGCCAGCAUGUUUUUAGUUGUACCUUCCUUCCAUUAUCAUUUAUCAUGAUCUCAUUUCAGACUUAUGCUUUCAAUACACUGUGUGUUUGACUCCAUGCUGAGCUUGCUUACUGAGCCAGUAGAGCUUCCUCUACUAAUAUUUUUGUUAUCACUUCCACCAUUCUUUUCACUUUUAUACAUGAAGAAAAUCCCCUUUUCUGUUAUUA